UGCCGACUGUCCAUCCUGGCAGAGCCACGACUGAGAAGCAGCUGGACCGCAUGACAGAGCAGAGACACUCGGCUGAAGACGACGGGCUUUUCCCCUGAACACAAACUCACUCUCACCCAGGAAGUCGACGGAGUUCAGCCACAGCAGCCACGACAACAGCAACCAUGACGGAUGCAGAUAAAUUCCUGUAUGGGGACCGCAGUGGGGGGAACAACCCUCUUGUUCAGGCUGACUGGGCCACCAAGAAGCUGGUGUGGAUUCCCUCUGAGAAGCUGGGCUUUGAGGCCGGCUCCGUCAAAGAGGAGCAAGGAGAUGAGUGUAUGGUGGAGCUCGCCGACUCUGGCAAGAAGGUGAAAGUAAACAAAGAUGACAUCCAGAAGAUGAACCCACCCAAGUUCAACAAGGUGGAGGACAUGGCGGAGCUCACUUGCUUGAACGAGGCGUCUGUGCUGCACAACCUCAAGGAGAGAUACUACUCAGGACUCAUCUAUACGUACUCUGGUCUCUUCUGUGUUGUGGUGAACCCAUACAAGUACCUGCCCAUCUACACCGAGGACAUCGUGAACAUGUACAAGGGCAAGAAGAGACACGAGAUGCCCCCUCACAUCUAUGCCAUCACAGACACUGCAUACAGAAGCAUGAUGCAGGAUCGCGAGGACCAGGCAAUCCUUUGCACUGGGGAGUCUGGAGCAGGGAAAACAGAAAACACAAAGAAAGUAAUUCAGUAUCUUGCCCAUAUUGCCUCAUCUGCCAAAUCCAAGAAAGAUCAGGGCAGUGCAGUGUUGUCUCACGGGGAACUGGAGAAACAGCUGCUGCAGGCAAACCCCAUCCUGGAGGCCUUUGGCAACGCGAAGACUGUCAAGAAUGACAACUCAUCAAGAUUUGGAAAAUUCAUCAGGAUCAACUUUGAUGUCAAUGGAUACAUUGUUGGAGCCAACAUUGAAACGUAUCUGCUGGAGAAGUCUCGAGCCGUCAGACAAGCGAAAGAGGAGAGGGGUUUCCACGUCUUCUACUACAUGCUCACAGGAGCAGGGGACAAAAUGCGCACUGAGUUGUGUCUGGAGGAUUACAGCAAGUACCGUUUCCUGUCGAACGGAAACGUGACAAUUCCUGGACAGCAGGACAAGGACAUGUUCACGGAAACCAUGGAGGCCUUUCGUAUCAUGAGCGUACCAGAGGAGGAAAUUACUGGUCUGUUGAAGGUGGUGUCGGCUGUGCUGCAGUUGGGGAACAUGAGCUUCAAGAAGGAGCGUCACUCUGACCAGGCGUCCAUGCCUGAUGACACAGCUGCCCAGAAAGUGUGCCACCUGCUGGGCAUCAAUGUGACUGACUUCACUCGAGCGAUCCUGUCACCCAGAAUCAAGGUUGGCAGGGACUAUGUCCAGAAGGCCCAGACUCAGGAGCAGGCUGAGUUUGCUGUUGAAGCUCUGGCUAAAGCCUCUUAUGAGAGGAUGUUCCGCUGGCUGGUGAUGAGAAUCAAUAAAGCUCUGGACAAGACCAAGAGACAGGGAGCCUCUUUCAUUGGCAUCCUAGACAUUGCUGGAUUUGAAAUCUUUGAGUUGAACUCGUUUGAGCAGCUGUGCAUCAACUACACCAACGAGAAGCUGCAGCAGCUCUUCAACCACACCAUGUUCAUCCUGGAGCAGGAAGAGUACCAGAGGGAGGGCAUCGAGUGGAGCUUCAUCGACUUUGGCCUGGACCUGCAGCCCUGCAUCGACCUCAUUGAGAAACCAGCUGGUCCACCAGGCGUCCUGGCUCUGCUGGAUGAAGAGUGCUGGUUCCCCAAAGCCACAGACAAGUCCUUUGUAGAGAAAGUGGUUCAGGAGCAGGGAACGCACCCCAAGUUCCAGAAACCCAAGAAACUCAAGGAUGACGUUGAUUUCUGCAUUAUGCACUAUGCUGGAAAGGUGGACUACAAAGCAGAUGCGUGGCUGAUGAAAAACAUGGAUCCUCUGAAUGAGUGUGUUGCCACUUUGCUUAACCAAUCUACAGACAAAUUUACCUGUGAUCUGUGGAGAGACGUUGACCGUAUUGUGGGCCUGGAUAAAGUGGCAGGGAUGUCGGACUCUAUGCACGGUGCGUUCAGAACCCGUAAGGGCAUGUUCCGCACUGUGGGCCAACUGUACAAGGAGCAGCUGAGUAACCUCAUGGCCACACUGAGAAACACCAACCCUAACUUUGUUCGCUGCAUCAUCCCCAACCACGAGAAAAAGGCAGGGAAACUGGAGCCUCAUCUGGUUCUUGACCAACUCAGGUGUAAUGGAGUCCUGGAGGGGAUUCGUAUCUGCAGACAAGGAUUCCCUAACCGCAUUGUCUUCCAGGAGUUCAGACAGAGAUAUGAAAUUCUCACUCCAAAUGCUAUUCCAAAAGGCUUCAUGGACGGAAAGCAAGCCUGUGUGCUCAUGAUCAAAGCUUUGGAGCUGGACCCCAAUCUGUACCGCAUCGGUCAGAGUAAAGUGUUCUUUAGAGCUGGAGUCCUGGCUCACCUGGAGGAGGAGAGAGACAUUAAGAUCACUGAUGUGAUGAUCAGCUUCCAGGCCUGGUGCAGAGGACAUUUGGCUCGCAAAGCCUUUGCCAAGAGACAACAGCAACUGACGGCCAUGAGAGUAAUCCAGAGAAACUGUGCAGCCUACCUUAAACUCAGGAACUGGCAAUGGUGGAGACUUUUCACCAAGGUGAAGCCUUUGCUGCAAGUGUCCCGGCAAGAGGAGGAGAUGCUGGCCAAGGAAGACGAGCUUUUUAGGGUGAAGGAAAAACACCUGCAGGCUGAGGAACAGCUCAAAGAAUUUGAAACCAAGCAGCAACAGCUGAAUUCUGAGAAGUUGGCUCUUCAAGAGCAGCUCCAGGCAGAGACAGAGCUGUGUGCCGAGGCUGAGGAGAUGAGAGCCCGUCUGGCUAACAGGAAGCAGGAGCUGGAGGAGAUCCUGCACGACCUGGAAUCUCGUCUGGAGGAGGAGGAGGAGCGAGUCACCCAGAUGCAAACCGAGAGAAAAAAGAUGCAACAGAACAUCACGGAUCUUGAGCAGCAGCUGGACGAAGAGGAGGCAGCCAGACAGAAGCUUCAGCUGGAGAAGGUCACCAUGGAUGCCAAGCUCAAGAAGAUCGAGGAGGACGUCAUGGUGCUGGACGACCAGAACAUGAAGCUCAGCAAGGAGAAGAAACAGUUGGAGGAGAGGAUCUCUGAGUUCACCACCAACUUGGCUGAGGAGGAAGAGAAGUCUAAAAGUUUGCAGAAACUCAAAAAUAAACAUGAAGCCAUGAUUACAGAUUUGGAAGAUCGCCUCAGGAAAGAGGAGAAAAUUCGCCAAGAGUUGGAGAAGAACCGUCGUAAAAUGGAGGGCGAUUCCACUGAGCUCAACGACCAGAUUUCAGACCUGCAGGCCCAGAUCGAUGAACUCCGUGCUCAACUGGCCAAAAAGGAGGAGGAGCUCCUCGCUGCACUGGCCAGGAUAGAGGAAGAGGCUGCAGCCAAGAACAUGGCCCAGAAGAAGAUCAGGGAGCUGGAGGCCCAGAUCUCAGAGCUACAGGAAGAUUUGGAGCUGGAGAGGCAGGCACGCUCCAAGGCUGAGAAACACCGCAGGGACCUGGGAGAGGAGCUGGAAGCUCUCAAGACUGAGUUGGAGGACACUCUGGACUCCACUGCAGCACAGCAGGAGCUGAGGUCAAAGCGUGAGACUGAGGUUGCCCAUAUGAAGAAGACGCUGGAGGACGAGGCCAAGACCCACGAGCAGCAGAUGGCCGACAUGAGACAAAAACACAAUCAGACAUUUGAAGAGCUGAAUGAACAGCUCGAACAGGCCAAAAGGAGCAAAAUGUCAGUGGAGAAAACCAAGCAGGCCCUGGAAAGUGAGAUGAACGAGCUGCAGAUUGAACUUCAAUCUCUAACACAAGGCAAAGGAGAUUCUGAACACCGCCGCAAGAAGGCAGAAUCACAGGUUCAAGAACUGCAGGUCAAAUUUGGAGAAAGUGAGAGGCAGAGACUGGAGCUGACCAGCAAGAUAACCAAGAUGCAGUCUGAGCUCGACAAUGUCAACAGCCUCCUGAGUGAAGCAGAGGGCAAGAACAUCAAAUCCAGCAAAGACCUUUCUUCCUUUGAGUCUCAGCUCCAGGAUACACAGGAGUUGCUCACAGAGGAGACCCGUCAGAAGCUCUCCAUCUCCACUCAGCUUCGGCAGCUGGAGAAUGAGCAGAACAGCCUGAGGGAUAUGCUUGAGGAGGAGGAAGAGGCUAAGAGGAACGUGGAGAAGCAGGUUUCCACUCUGCAGUCCCAGCUGGGAGAGAUGAAGAAGAAGCUGGAACAGGAGGCCUUGUCCCUGGAGGGGGCAGAGGAGGGACGCAAGCGUGUCCAGCGGGAAAUGGACAGUUUGAUGCUACAGCUGGAGGAAAAAACAGCAGCUUACGACAAACUGGACAAAACGAAAACCCGUUUACAGCAGGAGCUGGAUGAUCUGCUGGUGGACCAAGAUCACCUGAGGCAGAUCGUCUCCAACUUGGAGAGGAAGCAGAAGAAGUUUGACCAGAUGCUAGCAGAGGAGAAAACCAUUUCCACUCAGUACGCUGAGGAGCGCGACCGGGCCGAGGCUGAGGCCAGAGAGAAGGAAACGCGAGCACUGAUGUUGGCGCGCGAGCUGGAGACCAUGACGGACGCGAAGGCUGAGUUGGACCGUGCAAACAAGAUGCUCAAAGCUGAGAUGGAAGAUCUGGUUUCCUCCAAGGAUGACGUUGGCAAGAGUGUUCAUGAGCUCGAGAGGUCAAAGCGUGCCAUGGAUCAGCAGCUGGAGGAGAUGAGGGUUCAGCUGGAGGAGCUGGAGGAUGAGCUGCAGACCACAGAAGAUGCCAAAUUGCGUCUGGAGGUCAACAUGCAGGCCAUGAAGGCCCAGUUUGACCGAGACCUGCAGGCCAGAGAUGAACAGGGAGAGGAGAAGAGGAAACAGCUGGUUAAACAGGCGCGUGAGAUGGAAGUUGAGCUGGAAGAUGAGCGCAGGCAGCGUGUUCAGUCUCUGUCAGCCAAGAAGAAACUGGAGCUGGACCUGGCAGACCUCGAAGUUCAGAUCGAUGAUGCCAACAAGGGCCGUGAUGAGGCUCUCAAACAGCUGAAGAAACUCCAGGCGCUGAUGAAAGAGCAGAUGAGAGAGUUGGAGGAGCUGCGUUUGUCCAGAGAUGAAGCUGUAACUGCUGCCAAAGAGACUGAGAUGAAGCUCAAGUCCAUGGAGGCUGACGUCCUGCGCGUCCAGGAGGAUCUGGCCAAUGCAGAGAUGCUCAAGAGACGAGCCCAGACCGAGAGAGACGAGCUCCAGGAUGAGGUUACCGGCAGCAAUUCCAAAAAUUCUCUACUGGCCGAUGAGAAGAGGAGGCUGGAGGCUCGCAUCACUCAGCUGGAAGAGGAGCUGGAGGAAGAGCAGCUCAACUCUGAGAUGGUGAAUGAUCGUCUCAAGAGAAACACACUGCAGACGGAGCAGUUGACCUCUGAACUUGCUGGAGAACGCAGCAACUCUCAGCGGGUGGAGGGGGCUCGCUCCCAGCUGGAUCGCCAGAAUAAGGAGCUGAAACUGAAGCUGCAGGAGCUCGAGGGAACCAUCAAGUCCAAGUACAAGUCCUCUAUUACCACCCUGGAGGCCAAGAUCGCUCAGCUGGAGGAACAGCUCGACAUGGAGUCCAAGGAGCGUCAGCAGGCCUCCAGACUGGCCAGGCGGACGGAGAAGAAGCUGAAAGAGUCUCUACUCCAGGUGGAUGAUGAGAGGCGCAACACAGAUCAAUACAAAGACCAGGUGGAGAAGACAAACAGCCGAAUGCGUCAGCUGAAGCGUCAGCUGGAGGAAACGGAGGAGGAGCUGACACGAUCCAACGCCAUCCGUAGGAAACUGCAGCGAGAGCUGGAUGAUGCUGCUGAAUCAGCCGACGUUAUGAAUCGUGAAGUCAGCAGUUUGAAGAGCAAGCUCAGACGUGCAGAUGUGCCUAUCAACAUGCGACGCAUCAUAAACCGCACUGGCCUGGACAGUGAUGAGGAUGUGGAGGUGCCAGCUGAAACACCUGAGAGUACUGCAGAGUGAGCAGAAGAAAAUCUAGAGGGAAAUAUCAAGAUGACCACAGUUGACUGAUGCAGAUUCAGAAAACCAUUAACCAUGCGAGCUAUCAAGUAGGACGUCUUUUUCCUUAGGGAAUUUAGCCUUUUAUUCUCCUUGACAAUCUUCUUUUAGCCUUAUUGUUACUGCACAUAUAAUGCAUUUACCGUAUAUUCAGCCAAAUAAUUGUGAAUGUGAGCAGUGUUUUCUACAAAAACUUUCCUACUUUGUGGCUAUGUUGUAAAAAAUUGCUCCUCAGAAAAGCCUCUGGAAUUUAAUUUUUAUCUGAGCUUGGAGGUUCAUUUGCUGUUACUUGACUGGUUUGGGAGAUAAAACACUGGCCAUUUUAUGCUUAUUUUGCACACAAAUAUAGGUCUUUUUGAAAGUUAAAGGCAGUUACUAACAGUGAUUCAAAUUCACUGCUGUCAGUAUAAAUCUGCACUGUUGUACUUUCACUAUUAUGUUUGUACCUCAACCAGAAAUACACGGUGCCAACACAAACUAAACACACACUGGAUUAGAAAAGGUUCACUUCUUGGUUGAUGUACUUUAUCUCUCAAUGGUUUUAUACUAAAUAGAUUUUUGGUGGUGGGUCAUCUGGUAGUCACUCUCAAUGUAUUUUGUGCUUUUCUUGGAGCAGCAGAUGAGUUUAUAUCAGCACAUUGGCUUGUGAAUAUUGAGUCUUUGAUAUGUUGGGCCCAAAGUGAUACUCAAAACACUGUAUUAUCAAAUAAAUGAUGCCAAUAUUUUAAGGCUACUCUGUAUUUUAUCAAAUACCUUGAUGCAAUAAAUUGAUAAAUAUUAAAUGCA